AUGUCAUUUCAUGCAUCUUCCACUUCUCAUGCUCAUGCCACCACCAUUUCAAAUGAUAGUUUCAAUUCCCUUUUAGAUUCAUCCACUCUCUGUUGCAUAAGCGGUCUCCUCCUCCUCUCUCUCAUUUCUCUUGCUUUCGUCUUUCACCUCCGUCUCAAAUCACGAAAUUCACACCAUUUACAAAGGUUCAAUUCCCUUUGGACUGUUCGCUUUCUUCUUGUCUCCUUUAUAACCCUCUGGGCCCUAAAUGAACUCUUUCGCUUGUCCUUCUUCCGUCGAAAAUAUCUCUUCCCUAUCAUUUCUUCCCUCACCCUAAAGCAGCAAACCAGCUUUUGCAAAUUCCACAUUGUCUUCUCAUUAGGGUUUUAUGAGCCUGGUUUUCUUAUAACCCAACUUUUUCUUGUUAACGUAUCAAUCCAGAAAAAAACACCACGCAGCUCUUGGGCUAUUGCCUUUGUCUUGGCUAAUUGUUUUCCUGUUCUUUUUCUGCAAAUCUUGUUCGUCUUUUUUUCUGGAACACAGCUACCAUUGCCGGAGUUCUUUCUUACAAGUUCAGUUGUUUCAAAAAGCGACGAUGUGCUACUGUGUGAAUACCCUUUAAUGAGUUCUAUCAUAUUUGGUGCUUUUGGGAUCUGGUAUUUGAUAGGCUUCUCAUUGUCAUGCUUCAAGGUGGUAAACGUUGUCAUUAACAAAGGGCUAAGGCUUCGAAUUUAUGCUCUAGCUUUCGUUGUUCUGAUAAUGUUACCUAUACAAAUUCUCUUUCUUGGCUUAUCAGUCUUAUGGGGGCCGGAGGAGGUCCUCUAUGCUUCCAUUGCAUUCCUUGUCUUCGGAACCACAUUAGUAAUUGCAGCCGUAGGGGAGGGCAUUUUGGUAAUUAAACCCAUCGUCGAUUCUUUGGCUGCUGGAGAAGACGCUCUUCCGCCGUGUGCUCCUCGUGGACAGACGGUGUCAGAGGAGCAGCAGAAACCAAGACCAACAUUGGAAGGCACAAGCAUUCAAUUAUAA